UACACCGACACUACCGCCUUCUACCUGCAGUCUUCCUCCAUGGUUACCCUAGCUCUCCACCCCUCCUUCCGGGGCGCUCGAGGGAUCAUGGCUGAUCCUCACGUGAGGCAGAUCAAGAUCAAAACCAGCGCGGUGAAGCGAUUGGUCAAAGAAAAAAUGAUGUAUGAGAAAGAAGCAAAACAACAAGAAGAUAAGAUCAAAAAAAUGAAAGCUGAAAAUGGUGAAAAUUAUGCCAUUAAAAAGCAGGCAGAGAUCCUGCAAGAGUCCCGGAUGAUGAUCCCAGAUUGCCAGCGCAGGUUGGAAGCAGCAUAUACCGAUCUUCUUCAGUUAUUAGAGAGUGAAAAAGACUUGGAAGAAACUGAGGAAUAUAAGGAAGCAUGUUUAGUAUUGGAUUCAGUGAAGUUAGAAGCCUGAAGUUUUUCUGUACAGGGUGUUUUUUGCAUUAAAUCUUGGGAUCCAUUCCACAAUUCAAUAUUUUUGACCACUGCUGUAUGUUCAAGUAGUAUGAGAAUGUGAUCCUUUUUAUGCAGUUGCAUAUAUUUUUCUUUGCCUCACUUAAUGUGUCAAAUAAAUGAGUUGGUCUUAAAAAAUAA